AUGGCAUUAGCAUUCUUGUGCAUAAAAUUCAAAAAAUUCCAAGAUUUUGGGCUUCUUUUAUGCAUUACCUUUUUACAGAACAAUUUCAGCUUCUAUUUUAAGGAUAUGAGCUUUUUUGAAAUUAUCGAAGAUUCUGAAGAGAAGAAUUUCCUCAAAACCUUAUGCGACAAGCUAGAGCAAUAUAAAUUUAUAGUUGAUUAUGAAAGAUUUUUAAGUAGUAAUCCAAACAAUCAAAGGCCAUGCCAGAUAAAUGAGAGCAAUACAUUUUCUACCGAGUACAAAUACCACAACAUUUACAUCGAUUUGAUUCACAAUAUUAAUCAAGGACAAAUUGACAAAGCAUUAACGCUGUCAUUUGAAAUUUUCAAUGUAUCCACGUACUUUGACUCAAUUCAAUUUAUGAUUGCUAAUGAAAAGGUUGAUCUUCUGUUUAACUUAUCAAUGAAAAAUGUAUUUUUUGUAAAAUAUUAUAAAGAAGUUAUUAAAAAAAUCUCCAAAAGCCUUAUAAAUGUUCUGGAAGUUAUUAUUUUAACCAAAUCUGAAGUAUUUGCUGAAGGUUUCAUAAACUUAUUACAAAAAUAUACGGAUAAGGACAAGUCAAAGUGUACAGAAAAGUAUUCAAAGGAUGAUUUAGAUAUUUGGUAA